AUGUUCGCCCACCUCCUCCACAUCACCAACUUCCGGUCCCCCCUCGCGCGCGCCAUCGCCCCCUGCGUCGCCGCCGCCCUGGCCCUCCAGGCCGCCGCCGCCCUGCCCAGCGUGCUCGCCCGCUCCGAGCGCUUCUUCGACCUCUCCGGCUCGCUGACCUUUCUGGCCGUCGGCGCCCUGAGCCUGGGCCUGCCGCGCCUGCGGGCCGCCGCCGGCGCCGGCGCCGCCCUCCCCUCCUGGCGGCAGGUGGCCCUCACGGCCAUGGCCACCGCCUGGACCGCGCGCCUCGGCAUCUACCUGUUCGACCGCAUCACGCGCGACGGCCACGACGCGCGCUUCGAGCGCCUCCGCACGCAGCCGCUCCGCUUCGCCGCCUCGUUCGCCAUGCAGGCCGCGUGGGUGUCGCUCAUGCUCAUGCCCGUGCUGGCCGUCAACGCCGUCCCCGCCGCGGCCUUUGCCGCCGUCCCGCGCGUCGUGGCCACCGACGCCGUCGGCCUGGCGCUGUGGGCCGCCGGCAUGGCCGUCGAGGCCGUCGCCGACGCGCAAAAGGCGCGCUGGCUGGCGCGCAAGCGGGCCAAGCAGCACGACGAGCACUUUUUCCGCGGCGGCUUGUUCUCCAUCUGCCGCUUCCCGCACUACUUUGGCGAAAUCUCCCUGUGGACCGGGCUGGCUACCGUCGCGGCGGGCGUGCUGGCCCGUGGCCCGGUCCAGGCGGCGCUGGGGCUGGCCGGCCCGGCGGGCGUGCUGGCCACCACGGCGCUCGCCUUCACCGCGCCGGCCUUUUCGGCCUUGUUGCUACUCAAGGUGUCGGGCAUCCCGCUGACCGAGGCGCGCCACGACGAGCGCUUCCGCGACAAUGCCGACUAUCACGAGUGGAAGGCGAAUACGCCGAGGCUGGUGCCGAGGCUGUGGUAG